AAUCAGUUACAAACAAAUCAUUCGAGUGGAAAGAUCAGAACCGAGUUUGAAAACGAAAAGUGCAUUCGAAAUUUUACCAUAGAAAGGAAUAAGUUGUGGUGUUUUAAUUAACGAAAUCAAAAACAGAAGCAUCAAAGUCAAUUAAAGUAUAAAAGAACUAUAAAAAGUGCAUGCUAAUUAUUACAAAAAAAAAACGUUGAAAAACGAAUACCUGAACAUUUGAAAAAAGACUAAUAUCCUUAAAAUAUUAUAAAGAAACAUCAUGUCUGAUAUUCAAACAAAAACAAAUGAAGUCGAUAAGGAAACAUCGAAAAGAGGAUUCAGAACUCCAAAAUGUGCACGUUGUCGGAAUCACGGAGUAAUUUCGUGCAUCAAAGGUCACAAGAAACUUUGUCGCUGGAGAGAUUGCUCCUGUCCAAAUUGUCAAUUGGUUGUAAAUCGACAAAAAGUUCUGGCAGCCCAUAUUGCUCUGCGCCGACAGCAGACGUUAGAAUCCUUAGAUUCGAAUAUCACAAAUCGAGCUUCACAGUCCAAGGAGGCAUUAAUGGCUCAGAAGAUAAUUUACAAGCAGAAACGUCGAACUCUCCAAAAGUCUUCACUACACUUAGCUGCAGCAAUUGAAGAAUCACGUCAACAAUACGCUUUCAUACAAUCACCAUUUUUAGAUAGAAUACGAAAACGAAGAGCUUUUGCUGAUCCUGAGUUGGAUAUGGUUAUAGAAGCGACACUUGUUGCCGCUGCUCAAAUGGCAGUUCAGCAGCAAAAUUUCUACCAUCAUCCCCAGGAUUUGAGCAUGACGCAGGCGCAAACUAUCAGCAGAAAUCCAUGUGAAAGGUUUAUGGAAAGAUCCAAUGGUUUGAGUCAUACAACGAUCGAACUCAACGAAGAACCGAUUAAAUUUAAGACUGAAACUAGUUGUUACCCAAAACGACCCAAGCUUUCAUUUUCAAUUGAGUCAAUAAUUGGAAAGUGAUUUUGUAAUUUUGAGUUUUUUUUUGUUGUUUGUAAAUAUUGUAUAUA